GUAGCAAUGUUAGGGGUUCAAACAUCCGCAUACAGCAAAACAAACAGGUGGAACUGAAAUAAAAAAAAAAAACGCCGAACCAUCAGAGUCUCCCCGAAAUUUCUGGAAGGUGCAUAAAGUGGUCAGGACGCUUUGCAAGGUGUACCCCAGUCCCGGCGCGGCCCGUAGCGUUUGGGCCUUGCCGCAGACUUCCUGUAACAUGGUAGCCGACACUGACCAUCCUGCCGCCACUGAAACCCAUGACAGGGACGGACUUGAGGCCGAUAUCACGGAGCAGACCCAUAGGACCAUUUUUGAUGUCGUCAAAUCCGGGGAGAUUUCGGAAAUCGAGGAAUUGAUAGAGAAAUCUGGCACUCAAGUGCUUCGAUUCAGGGACGAAUGGGGAUACACGCCCGCCCAUUGGGCAGCCCUGGACGGAAAUGUAGAAAUUAUGAGGUUGAUUGUGGAUCGUGGAGCCCCCUUCGAUCUUCCAUGCCUUGGUAUACAAGGGCCGAGGCCGAUACAUUGGGCUUGUCGAAAGGGACAUACAGCCGUGGUCCAGGUUUUGCUGCAGGCUGGAGUUGCGGUGAAUGCCGCAGAUUUCAAAGGUUUGACACCCUUGAUGACUGCAUGCAUGUUCGGCAGAACAGCCACAGCCGCCUAUUUGUUGGGUAUGGGAGCCCUGAACCAUUUGGUGGACAUAAACGGCGACACAGCAAUGCACUGGGCCGCGUACAAGGGUCACGCUGAUCUCAUUAGACUUCUCAUGUACUCUGGGGCCAAUCUACAGAACUCCGAUCAUUUUGGGUCUACCCCCCUUCAUCUGGCUUGUCUAUCCGGAAACGUGACUUGUGUGAAAGUCAUAGCUGAGAAGGUGAUCAUCUCUGGCUAUUGGUGGUUUAAUAUCUCUCUAUAUCUAGCUUGUUUUCAGAGUAACAUCGAUUUGGAACCCCUGGAUAAAAAUGAUAAAACGCCACUCAUGUUGGCUCAAAGCCAUCGGCAUUUCGAUAUAGUGCAGGUUUUGCAGUCUGAAAUAAAGAAGCGGAAGACUUGGUUUCCCCCAAUCAGUGAAGUCUGGGGUCUGUUGUUUGGCAAGGGUGGCCAUUCCAAGGCACCACUUUGCUUCUUCUUGUGUUCCGUGUUGUUGUGGGGUUAUCCGAUGUAUGUCAUCAGGUGCAUCCCUAUCACCUGGAACAUCUUACGAGCAUCGCACUACUGCUUCAUCUAUUGGAACAUCGUGAUGUGGGUUUGCUGGAUAGUGGCUAACAGGAAAAAUCCCGGAUACCUUCCCAUGAACACCGAUUCGUACCACAGGGCGAUAAAGCAGAUACCCUACCACGACAAAUGGAAAAAGAGGAACACCAUGAUCAACCGCCUCUGCCAUACCUGCAAAUGCCUACGACCCCUAAGGGCCAAACACUGUAGGAUAUGCAAUAGGUGUGUUUCCUACUUUGAUCAUCACUGCCCCUUCAUCUACAAUUGCGUGGGAUUGAGAAACAGGACGUGGUUCUUCCUGUUUGUGAUGAGUGUCGCCAUCAAUUGCUCGUUUUCUAUUUAUUUCGCGACGUACUGUAUAGCUAUCGAAGGAUUUGGGGUGAUGUAUAUACUUGGAUUGGUGGAAGCCUUCGUUUUCAGUGGGCUAGGUUGGAUACUCACCUGCACAUCGGUCCUACACGCCUGCAUGAACCUCACCACAAACGAAAUGUUCAAUUACAAAAGGUAUCCUUAUUUACGAGAUAGAAGGGGUAGAUAUUAUAACCCAUUUUCAAGAGGUCCUAUUUUCAACCUCAUCGAGUUCUUCUUCUGCACUCCCGAGGAAUACGAGGACGAUUACAAUUACGAGUAUAUCUGAUAUACGAGCAAGAAAAUUAUGGCUAGAAAGGGAUGAAUACUCUGGAGAAUGAUAAUAUUUUUUCACUUGUAAAUUCGGCAUUUAACUGUAUUUAAAAUUCGGAGUUUCUGAUGGAAGUUUAAGCCUUCGAAGAGUUGCAUGAGGCAAUCACUGUUUCUUAUGGUUAACUGUUGUAGGGGCACUACGAAGUUUGAAAAAAAAAACUGCAUUGCCACAAAUAACAUUAUUUUUAAUGGGUAAUCUAACGAAAAAUUUUUUUUCAAUAAAAUUAAUGGGUCACAGCUUACCGAAUCUUCUACUAUUGUAGAAGAUUUUGGAGAUCGCUAUUUCUGCUGCGAAUGGGGUUCCAAGCUACAUAUUACCAUUUUCAGUUGUCACAAAUUUGGACUAUAGGUUUGUAGCCCUUUCGAACAAUUUCAUUAUUGUUAUUGCUUCAACUGACAAAGUGAAUCACCAGGAAAGCUCAAAUAUACAAACAUUUCAAUAAUUUUAAGAUGGAGAUGUGUUGUCUCAAAAAAGUGUCUUACAUUUUUAUAUAUUUAAUUGACAUCUGUGUUGCGAAUGCCUGUUAUUCAAAUUAACCAAAUCGACCUACACAAUAAACAGGUUGUUCAGUAAAAUUUUGACUGUACUUAACUGAUUUUAUCCAGAUAAUCAUUAUUUUCGAAAUUUCUGAAAUUUUUCUGAAAUCAGAGUUGAACCUAAGUUAUAUCAAUUUUUACGUAUACAACUCUGAUGUUUUAACCGUGAAAACAGUUGUCAGAAUUUGUAAAGGUUUCUGGGAUCUGGGAAAGAGUCAGACUUUUACUAAGGUGAUAUUAUUCAGUACUUAAUGGUCAUUAAAUGGUUUUACAUCAGUUAGAACAAGGUUUACUGGAGAGCCUGU